GUUUCAUGCCUGUUGUAGUCGCUCAGCAAUUACUCCAGCAAUCAAGAGCAGGAAUCUGGAACAUGAUUGCGACCACCUGUGAUUGUGUCAUGGACUUGAAUUAUGUCUUUGGAGACUAAUACUCUAAACCUGGAUUCAAAACGGACUUUUGAAAAAAAUUGUACACGGACAAAGGAGGAGGACCUCAAUUGUGCUGGAGUUACAUGGUUGUCUUUUUGAUUAGACAACUAAACAUUCCCUUCUAGGAGCAAUUGCAAGGAUAUAUGGCAGAAAUUUGAGGAAUAUUACUUUUGACUGCAUUUGGAGCCGAUUUUAGUUGGCUGUAACUGUACAGUUAACAUGACAACCAAGCUGGGCUCUCUGGCAAGGUAGCAAAAUGUGUCACUCAAAGUCACUCAUGCAGUGAAAGUUCCAUGUCCUGCAAGUACCCCCGAAGUCUUAGUCACCUAUUUCAACUGGGCCAACCCACUUCUGUCAUCAUUUGUCACAAAAUUUUCAGAACACAUGCAAAAUGUGGUGCACAGCCAUUUCUCUGCAUGAUUAUGUGUAGAACAUUUUUAAGAAUCAAGGUGGAGUUGUGUCUAUUAUCAACACUUUUUCAAAUGGAGCAUGAACAUUUUUAAGACUGCUGCAUUCUAUGUUCAGUAUUUCCAUCCUUCAAAUAGAACCUGUUCAAGACCGAAGACUUAAACAAAACCUUUGGUCCGACACGGGCUACUUUCAGACUCCGGCAUCAUUGGUACUGGCACAGAUGCUACCUGUGUUACACAAUAUGACACCAGUUCCUCUGACUCAAAACUGCUCCAACUGCAGCCAGAUGUUGGCUCUAGACCUCAGUGUGAUCAAACCUGUCGUUCUAGGCUUGGUGCUCGGCGUCUUCAUUGUGUUUGGAGUGGUCGGGAACAUUCUGGUUAUCCUCUCGGUAGUUUGCCACCGACACCUGCGUACGGUGACCCAUUAUUUCAUCGUUAAUCUAGCAGUGGCAGAUCUGCUACUGAGCUCUACGGUACUACCUUUCUCUGCCAUAUUUGAGAUCCUGGAGCGUUGGGUGUUUGGACGAGUCUUUUGCAAUGUUUGGGCAGCUGUCGAUGUACUUUGCUGCACAGCCUCAAUAAUGAGCCUGUGUGUGAUCUCUGUGGAUCGCUACAUUGGAGUCAGUUACCCGCUGCGUUAUCCGGCAAUAAUGACAAAGCGCAGAGCUCUGCUGGCUGUCAUGCUUCUGUGGGUUCUGUCUGUCAUCAUAUCCAUCGGACCUCUGUUCGGCUGGAAAGAGCCAGCACCGGAUGACGAAUCCGUCUGCAAGAUCACAGAGGAGCCGGCCUACGCUAUCUUCUCUGCCGUGGGCUCCUUCUACCUUCCCCUGGCCAUCGUCCUGGUCAUGUACUGCAGGGUAUACGUGGUGGCACGCAGAGAGAGCCAGGGCUUGAGGGAGGGCCAAAAGACUGAGAAGUCAGAUUCGGAGUUUGUUAUACUAAGGAUUCACCGAGGCAACACAACUGUAAGUGACGACGAGGCGCUUCGAAGACGCACACAUUUUGCCCUGCGAUUGCUGAAGUUCUCUCGGGAGAAGAAGGCGGCCAAGACGCUGGGCAUUGUGGUGGGCUGCUUUGUACUGUGCUGGCUGCCUUUCUUCCUGGUCCUCCCUAUCAGCUCCAUAUUUCCUGCAUACAGACCGCCUGACAUUGUCUUCAAGAUCACCUUCUGGCUGGGCUAUUUCAACAGCUGCAUUAACCCCAUCAUCUACCCGUGCUCUAACCAGGAAUUUAAGAAAGCCUUCCAGAGUUUACUGGGAGCUCACUGUCUACGAGCCACCCCCAGACCGCAUCAGCAUCAUCAUCAUCAUCAUCUGGCUGUAGGCCAAAGUCAAAUGCAUGUCCACAACCAGACCCUAACUCUGAACCUUUCCGGCAGGGGUGCAUCCUGUCGCCUCAGCCCCUCCUCCCCUGUCGAUCUGUCCAGGACUCCGUCCUCCCGGAACAGCAGGGAGUGGAACGUUUUUCCAGACCGUCCCCCUGGGGGAACCGGACCAGCGGACAAAAGCAGAAAAGUAGCAAAACUCUGCAGUAAAAGCUUCCGGCGGGCCUGCUGCUGCAUCCCCAAUGAUGGGAGUCCUCCUCCUGAGGGAAAUUGCACCCAGCCCCCUCCAGUUGGAAAUCUUCCCACCAUUAAAAUCCAUCAAUUGUCCUUGUCAGAUAAAGGAGAGCCUGUUUAACCACCGUAUUCUCACAUGAGACCAUAUUUAUUGAGUUGAGCCAUUUUAAAGUUCCACUACUUUGGAUCGGGAUCAUUUAAACCAUAGUUAUGUACUACUGUUUGCCACCCUUGGA